GGAGGGGUGGGAGAGAAACGGAAGUGCCGCUCUACCCUCUUCCCCUCCCCCCUGCUCUCGAUGGUACCGAUGCGGAAGGGAAGGGCGGCUGUGGGGAAUGACGAUGAGCCUCUUGCCUUCAGUAGGGGAUGGGAACUGCUAUUACAUCCUGACAGAAGACUGUGCCUAUGGCAGCAAGUACUUCCAAGCUGGGAACAUGUGCUUCUGCACAGAGAGGAGCUACCUGAGCAACUUUACCAACAUGCCCCCAACUCGUUUCUUGAGAGUCGUCAUGCUGGAUGACAGCUCCACUGUCACCAUCAAUGUGGGAAUCCUGCAGCCUGUGUCUGAGGAAAUGGCUGCCUUCCUUCUGGGCAUCAGCAGCCACAGUGAGCGCUUGAACUGCUUCCUGGAGAGGCUGAGCCUUGAGGCAGCUCUGCAAGCCGUGCCAGGCCAGAGAGUGAUGGUGGAGGUCAACCAGCAACAUUUCCCCGCUGUCAUCCGCUACAUUGGGAGCGUUCAGAAAAGUACUUUGACUGCAUUGUCCCCAUUCUUCUUUGGAGUGGAGCUGCAGGGUGAGGGUGAAAACAGAGGGCACAACGACGGAUCCUAUCAUGGCAUUGAAUAUUUCAAGUGUAGGCCGAAUUGUGGGAUCUUCCUGCCCUUCAGCAAAAUCCAGUUCAUUCCCAAGCUGGAUAAUGACCAUGGGAAGCAGAAGCCAAAGGUGGAUACAGAGGAAGUGGUUCCUGUGAAAGUGGGAGAUGCCGUGAGCUUCUACGUGGAUAAUGUCCGCAGAAAAGGAAUUGCAAUGGCAGUUUACAGGGAGGGAACCCAAUGGUUCGUUAAAGUUUGCCCGGAAGAAGAAGGAACAACUGACAUUUUCAGAGAGAUCCCUAUGGACUCUGUUGUGAAGGAAGACUUGCAUUCCCAAAGUUUGUAUCCACCAUUUGAGUCUGACAUGGAUGUGGAACACUCACAAAUGAAACAACAGAUAGGUGAGAGUGGAGAUGAGUGUGAAGGCGUGAACCCAUCCCUGGAGGUGAACUCCAUGGUCCAGAUCACCUUGGACAAAGGAAACCAAGUGUCGGGAAUCAUCCGCUGGUUGGGGUACUUACCCCAUACCAAGCACAGAAUGGCAGGAGUUGAACUGGAUGAAGAUAAAGGGGUCACUGAUGGCGAAUGGCUGGGUAAAUACUAUUUCCACUGUGCUCCCAAGCGUGGCAUCUUUGUGAAGCUGCAGUCCUGCCAGCCUGAUGUUCGCUUCCAGUGCUCGCGCAACCCAAACCUCAUAGACUAUAGAGAGAAGGAAGAUGUUCCCCGUGCUCCGCUCAGUUUUCCUCCUCUAAGGAAUGAGGAAGCAGUGCACAUCCUACGAGGACGGAUGAAGGGGAUCCAGGGCCACUGCAAUUCCUGCUAUAUGGAUGCAGCACUCUUUAGCCUCUUCUCCUGUACAUCCGUGCUGGACUCCAUGCUCUUCACACCCUUCCCAUUGUGUAAUAGGAAUGUCCAGAACAUUCUGCGGGAUGAGAUCGUGAACCCGCUCCGAAAGAAUGGCUUCGUAAUGGCUAGGAGUGUGAUGCACCUGAGGGAGCAGCUAACUGAGAAGGGCCAAUGCUCAAGCUUUACCAAUGCAGAGAAAGAUCCGGAGGAGUUCCUGAACCUCAUAAUGCAUCAAGUCCUAGGAAUAGAGCCACUCUUGAGACUGCAGUCAGGAGCCCAGAAAGAGCAGGACUGCUACUGCUACCAAAUAUUUAUGGACAAACAGGAGGACCUAGUGGUUCCUGAUGUGCAGCAGUUGGUGGAACACUCCUUCCUGUCUUCAGAUCUGAAGCUAGUGGAGAUCCCAUCUUGCUUCAUUAUCCAAAUGCCACGAUUUGGUAAGGAAUAUAAAAUGUUCAGCAAGAUCAUCCCUUCGUUAGAGCUGGAUAUCACCGAUCUGCUGCUGGACAGUCCCAGAGAGUGCUGUGUGUGCAGUGACGUUGCCACCUGGGAGUGUUCAAAGUGUUUCAAAGACAAAACAUUCUCACCCAAGGGUCUGAAGCAGUUCUGCAGCACCUGCUCCAAACAGGUUCACUCCCACUACCGACGCAAAACACACAAGCCAACCAGGCUGCGUGUCCCACAAGAAUUUAAUCGCCAGAACUCCCGGGGCAACCAGCAGGUUCCACGUGAGAAGAUGGAGCUCUUUGCAGUGCUUUGCAUUGAGACCAGCCACUACGUUUCCUUCGUGAAAUAUGGCCCUGAGAAUGAGCACUGGAUGUUCUUUGACAGUAUGGCUGACAGGCACGGUGGUGAGAAUGGCUUCAACAUCCCCACUGUAACACUGUGCCCCGAAGUCGCCAAAUACCUGGACUUGCCAUUGGCCAUGCUGGCCCUGGAGCAGCCCCGAGACAUGGAUGGAGUGGCCAAACGCCUCUUCUGUGAUGCCUACAUGUACAUGUACCAGAGCAAGAAGAUGGCACUGUACAAGUGACACUGCCUUGUGUUGGUAGCAGCACAGUAUUGGAAAUGCGAGCUUGGACUCGUUGGAACUGAAAGCAGCUAAAGCUAAUGCACUGAACUCACACCUCUGCCUCUUCUUACCUCUUACAGUGUCUGGUAUUGAGCUUUAUGAGCCUCUCUGGGUUUGUGAAUCCAAUACCAGGUUUCAUCCAGCAAUGGUUUGUACUUCCUGCAGAGCCGCACACUGAAUUCUUUACAUUCAAAUUCAUUAUUCCCAACUUUCCCUUAACCCACCUCCCUCUCUGUAUGGUACUCUGCAGCUCUGCUCUACCUCAGAGUCCUGUCCAACAUCCUUUCCUUCUUCCAACACCGAGGACCAGCAUCUCUUAAUGGAAACAUGAAUCCUUCAUGUUUUCAAAGGGCACUGGAAAAUCACAGCUCUGCCCAUAGCACUUCCCUAUAUGGACUUGAAGAGCGAGAAAAGCACUGUGUAGUGGAGAUGUCUCAGGAAAAGAGUUUUUCUUGAGGUCUGGGAUCUGAUCCCACACCCGAAGCCAAGCUUCUGAAUUGUCUUCACUUCCCUUAUCCAGAACUAACAUCUAUGGCACUUUCACCCACCAUUAACAUGAGGUUAAUUAGGUAUCUUGGGCUGCAAAUACACUUUAAAAAACAGUUAUUUUUGUAGGAGCAAAUAUGGGGGAAUUAUGGGGCAGGGGAACAAAAAGUGGGCAUGAGACCCCAAUGUGCUGUCAUCAUAUGGAAUCUACAGGACGUGAGGUGUUGUAACCUCACUUCUAGCUCUUGCUGUCCCUUGCACUUCUGAUAUCUACACCAAAGAACAGGAACACAAUUUUAAGAGUAAAAAUGGAAGAAUGAGCACUA